CUCCUAUUUCUGACGUCACGGUAAAUAAACCAAAACAUCAACAAAGUAUCGUGUCGGAUUGUAGUACGAUUGUCAAAAUAGUCAAAGGGUUUUCCUUGUUAAAACGUUGGAUAUCUGGUGAAUAUUUUAGAUAUGGCGUCCGCACAGAAACCCGAAACAUCAGAAGAACUAAAUGAAUCAUGGGUGGAGUUGCAACAAAACCCUUCGAUGGUUUCCUCGUUGCAAGGUGAUCUACCACACUCACAAUCUUCAUACAAUGGAAAUCUAGAAAAAUUGCUUAUUGAAGCUCAGCGAGAAUCCAGAACACCAUCUCGACCAAACAGUAAAGAAUCCUCCACUCGAGGAAGUCCCAAAAGUCCACACAGUCCAAAUAAUGAAUGGGUUGGAGACUGGAGAGAAAAACAGGACCCAGGAACUGAUUGGAUAUGGGACUGGUCAAGCCGUCCAGAAAUUCAGCCAAAUAGUGAUUGGACGGGAAGGUUCAAACAUCCCACAGCAAAACCAGGUCGACAUGGACUAAGUGUGCGUCAUACACGAGUUAUGAAAAAUGGCGUAUUUAGUAUUGAAAAUCUACCUACGUUGCUCUUGACACAUGCCUGCACAUUUUUCUUAGGCGCAGCAAUGAUGUUGAUAUAUGUAAAGAAGUAUUGUAACUGGGCAGUGGUCACUGCCACCCUAGAUUGACUGAGUUGAAGAGGGAUGAUGAUGGGAAGAACUGAAUGGUAGCAUGAAUGUGAAUGCAUGUCAUAUUUCUACAUGUUGUUUGGGCAAACUAAAGACCUUUUGAUUAUUAUAUUCGACACUGUUAUUUAUUUUACUUUUAAACAGCUAACUUUAAUAAGAUGCUUUCUAUGUACAUGUAGUCAUGUAAUCAAUUAUUUUAUUUGAAGAUGGCAUAUUAAAUGUCUUUAGCAUGUGCAUGUACAUUUCGAGGUUUUCGGGAAGGAUGUAAAAUUAAAGUACAUCGAAAAUGAUCUUUUAUUUAUACAUAUUCAUCAUCUUUUACUUUAAAUGGAAAUGUGCAAUUUACUGUAAUUAAGAAAAAAUAAUUAUGUUCAAUGUUAUAUAUGUAUGUCAUAUUAUAUAUAUCUAUUUUAAUAAGUUCUAGUAGCUUGUAAUUAAAUAUAAACACAUAUAUGUGAACUGUUUGUUUUAAACCAUUUAGAAAAUAUUACAAUAGAUAUAGCUGCUUUAAUAAUUGGAAAAGAUUAAAUUUACUGAUAUAUUAUCAAGCUCUAGACAUUUUUUUAUUAAAGAAAAAUAGAUAAGUAAUGUUGAAUGUAUUACAACAGAUUAGAUAAUGGUUAAAACAGUUUAUUUGUCUCAGCAAUUAUUUUUUUCUUUUCCUCUUUAUUAAAAAGAGUCAUAAAUUGUCCUUUAUUUAUAAAUUAAAAUCAAGUUGUGGUGUGGAUUUUUUCCAUCUAAAAAAUACGCCCAGUAGAAAUUUUGAUAUGAAAAUGAUGCAAGGCUCGGAUUUGUAUGUGAACAUUUAUUUUUGAUGUUGAAGUGAACUACAUUGGAUUAUUAAUAUCAUUUGUAAUUGAAUGUAUGAGACUAUAGAAUUACAUGUCUUUUUGAGUGACAUGGUUGAAAGCAAAUUGCUAACAACAAUAUUAGGAAUUCCAUAUUUACCAAUAAAAAAAUACAAGCUUUUAACCGAAUUUUGUAUAAAAUCUAUAUUAAUUGAGGAAUAGCACAUAUUAUAUCCAUUUGAAUAGAAACAUAGAUUUUCCAGUUAUUAUUCUGUGCUACUUUUAAUAUAGUUGCACAAUAAGAAAAUUAAGAUGCCAAAAAACUUCAGCUUAAAUUGAAGCUAUUUAUGGCCUGAAUUGGAUCUCUUAAAUGGCUAUCUAUAUGGUUAUUAAGACUAUGUGAUUGGAAUUUUAUACUAGUUAAUCAUUUGGGUAGUGAUUGUCGUACAGUGAUUGGUAACUAAAAGAGACCCUAUUUAAUUAUAAUAAAGAAUCACGUAAUUAUGCUGCUAUUUAUGAGUAGGUCUCUUCUGUAACAGGUUUUUGACUAGAGAUCUCUGUGUAUUUAUUGUCGUCUGUGACACCAGGGAAUAUUACUAGUAAUCUAUUAUAUUAUAUAAUAAAAAUGGAUGCAAUAGUCACAGAAUUCUAGUCUAACAAUGACAAUUAAACAAUUUAUACAUAAUUUUAUGUAUCAACAUUUACUUAACAUGUUUAUAUUAAUCUAAAACAUAUUUAACAGUGUUCAUUAUUUUAUGCUUGUACAUAUGUUUGCUUUUUAUAAAAUAAAGCAGAAUCUGUAAACCAUGGUACUGAUGUUUUUAAAAUUGUGGAUAUACGAUAAUUUUAAAGAUUUAGUAGAUAACUUAAAUGUUUACCAAAGAUCACUAUUAUUUCUUAUGUGCACCUGUCUUCAAAGCUAAACUUAGGACCAUGCAGUCUUUCACACAAAAAGUUUUGUGGUCAAUAUAUUCAUUAAUGAAUAGGUAUGGAAAUAUUGCAGUGGCAUAUGCUUCAGCAGUUGGAUGUAGAAUUAUUAUAUAGGAGUGAAAUUAUAACAAAGGAACCUGCCGUGUUCAGUUUUAUUAAGAAACCAUCAAUUCUUUUAAUAGUGAAUAUUCCAUAUUAAUGGAAGUUAAUGAUUCAGUUGUGAUAUGUACAAUUUACCUACACAAAAAAUAUUAAUGUGAGCAUUUGUGAUGUUAAAUUUAUGUGUAAAAUGUUUCUGUAUUGGUGCUGGGGAAAUAUACAUGUUUAGAAUUAGCUCUUUGUUUCAUCAAUCAUAACAUAUUGUUGUUUUUUCGAGAUUUGCUCUGUGUAGAUCCUGCAUGUCUUACUUAUGAUUAAAACAUAUCAUUGAUGUGUUA